CUCGUUCAUCAUGGUGGCCAAGUUUACAUGAAAAACAUGGCUCUUCUUUUGGCCAAAUGGCCUCCCUAACUGUUAUAUUUGCUUGUUGCUGAGUGAAUUUUACAAUGUCCUACCACAAGCUUGUCUCUUUGCAUUUGUUCAGGCACUCUAGUCUAAGGAGAUGUUUUAGUACAAGAAGGCAAGAUGAAACUAUUAUGAACGUGUUUGAUAGGAAAGCAAAGAGAAGGCAAAAGAACAGGGCAGCCCUUGCUGAAAAUGUCGCUGUCUACGACUAUCUAAAAGAUGAGGUUGCUGAAAGAAUGGUUGAUAGAAUAGGAGAUGUUGCCAGGUAUUUUCCAAUGGCUCUGGAUCUUGGGUGUGGACGAGGGCAUAUUUCAAAAUGCCUAACAAAGGUUUGUAAAUUAAUCAAUAUUAGUAAUAGUAAUUGGACCAAGUGGAGUGCAAUUCAGGGAGUAAUCACACGAGUAAUUUUGAAAUCGGAUGAGCAGGAAGCGCGAGGCCAAUUUGAAAUUACACAUGUGAUUACUCCCUGAAUUGUAUGACACAAGGUCCAAUUACUAAUUCGUCAUAUCUAUAACAAAUUUCGGAAUAAAAUAUGCCUUUUGAGAACUUGUUUUGAGCAAACAUGCUCUGUAGUACUUUUCAUGAGCUUUGAAAACUGUAGAAAACAUUGAGAAGGAAGCCAUUAAAGCACAAGUAAUUGAUGUGCGAAUCACGAGGGUAUCCAAUUACAGGUAUCCAAGUACAAAAAGUUCAAAUUG